AGUUCUUCAUCGACUUCUUUGGUUUAUAGCCACGAGGUUUUUAGAAAUAUUCGGAUUUAUUAAUAAAAUAAUAAACAGACACUUCUUUUUCUUUGAAUAAAAUGCCACCCAGUAAUCCUUUACCGCCUAAAGAAAAUGCACUUUUCAAACGAAUUUUGCGGUGUUACGAACACAAACAAUACAAAAAUGGGUUGAAAUUCGCCAAACAAAUAUUAACCAAUCCAAAGUUUGCAGAGCAUGGAGAAACAUUGGCUAUGAAAGGCCUGACUCUAAAUUGUCUUGGACGAAAGGAGGAAGCAUAUGAAUAUGUCCGUAGAGGCCUUCGCAAUGAUCUGAAGUCACCCGUUUGCUGGCAUGUUUACGGUCUUCUACAGCGUUCUGACAAGAAAUAUGAUGAGGCAAUCAAAUGUUACCGUAAUGCUCUCAAAUGGGAAAAGGAAAAUAUUCAGAUUUUAAGAGAUCUAUCGCUUCUGCAAAUUCAAAUGCGAGAUUUGGAAGGUUAUAAAGAUACUAGAUAUCAGCUCUUCAUGCUCAGACCCACACAAAGAGCUUCAUGGAUUGGAUUUGCCAUGAGCUACCACCUUCUGGGCGAUUAUGAGAUGGCGAAUAGUAUUUUAGAUGCAUUCCGCACAAAUCAAAUGAAAGGCCCUUAUGAUUAUGAGCAUUCAGAACUGCUGCUAUAUCAAAAUAUGGUUAUAGCAGAGUCAGGCCAGUAUGAUCGUGCUUUACAACAUCUACAAAAGUUCCAAAGCCAAAUUUCAGAUAAGUUAUCAGUAAAAGAAACCUCUGGUGAAUAUUAUUUGAAACUUAAGAGGUUCAAAGAAGCAGAAACUGUCUAUGAGGACCUUUUAAAGAGAAAUCCAGAAAAUGUUAUGUACUAUCAGAAACUUAUAGAAGCUAAACAACUUAGUAAUCCUGAUGACAAAGUGGCCUUCUUUGAUGUAUAUAAGAAAGAGUAUCCCAAAGCAAUAGCUCCGCGGCGGCUACAGUUAACUGAUGCGCAGGCGCAACCAGUUUUCCAACGACUAGUCGACGAGUACCUUAGGCACGGGCUGCAUAAAGGCAUCCCGCCGCUUUUUGUUGAUCUGAGAUCGUUAUAUGCCGACCAAAGUAAAGCGGACUCUAUAGAGAAGUUAAUAUUACAAUACAUAGAGAAUUUAUCAAAGACUGGCACGUUUAGUUCGGAAGCGAGCGAAGUGAAACAACCGGCAAGUGCGUUACUAUGGGCGUAUUACUUCGCCGCGCAGCACUUCGACUAUAAGAAAGAUACGGAUAGAGCAUUACAUUAUAUCGAUGCAGCGAUUGAACACACCCCUACACUUAUAGAAUUAUUUAUUGUUAAAGGGAAGAUAUAUAAGCAUGCGGGCGACCCUGUGGCGGCGUAUCAGUGGCUGGAGGAGGCGCAAUUGCUGGAUACGGCCGACCGGUACGUGAACAGUAAAUGCGCCCGCUACAUGCUACGAGCUGAUCAUCUAAAGCGGGCAGAGGACAUGUGUGCCAAGUUCACUAGAGAAGGCGUGCCUGCGACAGAGAACCUGAACGAAAUGCAGUGCAUGUGGUUCCAGACAGAGGCGGCGGCCGCCUACCAGCGGCUGCAGCAGUGGGGCGAAGCGCUCAAGAAAGCGCAUGAAGUCGACAGGCACUUCUCCGAAGUAAUGGAGGACCAGUUUGACUUCCACUCGUACUGUAUGCGGAAGAUGACACUUCGAUCGUACGUAGGACUGCUGCGGCUUGAGGAUGUGCUACGGUCGCAUCCGUUUUACUUCCGGUGCGCACGCGUCGCCAUCCAAGUGUACCUGCGCCUGCAUACGCAGCCCCUCAGAGACGUCCCGCAAACAACCGAGCCUGAUACUGAAAAUUUGGCGCCUUCGGAACUUAAGAAACUUAGGAAUAAACAGAGGAAAGCGAAACGUAAAGCAGAACAAGAGAUUGCGUUAGCGGCACAAGUUCAAGUGAAGCGUGAACAGCAUCAUAAAGCACGUCAGCAGCAGGAGCAGGGUGAUCCUGAAGCACCACAGCUCGAUGAGCUCAUACCCGACAAACUAGCGAGGGUGGAGGAUCCAUUAGAGCAAGCAAUCAAGUUCCUACAGCCACUGCGGACGUUGGCCGCGGAUAGAAUAGAAACAUAUUUAAUGGCCUUCGAAAUAUACUAUAGGAAAGAGAAACCCCUACUGAUGCUCCAGAGCAUAAAGCGCGCGUGGCGAUUGGACAGCACGCAUCCACAUUUACACGACUGUCUGGUGAGGUUCCGUUGUUGGCUCGAUCGCUCCCAGUCCACGCUGCAUCCGAAUGUUGUAGCGGUCAUCGAUGCCGAAACGAAGCCGAUGAUGCGUGGGCGCAGCGCUCUCCAGAUCGCGGAGGAGUACCUCGCGAGUGUGAGCGGCGGCGGUCAGUCGGCGGCGUUGUGGGGGGCGCGAGCUCUCAGGAGGCUAGUGCCGGCGCGCUCACCACACGCACUUCAGAUAGCCACCAGCCUCACGCACAAGGACCUCUCCAUCCAGGGCUGUGUGGAAGUGUUGGAUAGCCUAAAAGCUGGUGACUUCGGUGCUUGCGAGAAGGAAAUAGAACAAUAUAUAGCAGCGUGUCGUGCCAAGUUCCCCUACGCCAUCGCGUUCAUGCCGCCCUCUCCCGCCGCCCCCGCGUCCGCCCCUGCUUCUGCUGACUCCCCCGCGGGGGUGGAAUGCUCCGACAAUCAUCUGGACGAGAACACGCCGCUCCAGCCUAAAGAGAUAGAAGUUAACAACUAAACAGGUUAUGGGCCCAGAACGUGUGAGUUAUCGAUUUCACAAAACGAAAUAAGAGUGUUGUAACAUUUGUUCGAUUUUGAUGGAACUAUUCAAAAAUUUACUGUCUUUUUCUCUCGUAUUUAGACUGACUGAAAUGGAAUGAAUGGCUGUACCAGAUAUUGUAUACAGAUAAAUUUGUUAAAUGUUUUAUCUGUGGGUUUUUUGAGGAACUAUGUUGAAAU